CAUCGCAACAAAAAAACGGAAUUCGGAAAACGCAGAAUGAGUACAGACUCAGUUGCCUCAUACAAAACAGCAUGUGAGCAAAUGGAUGCUGACCUCCACACUGCGCUUCCAACUACCAGUCAAGGCGACAUCUCGUUCAACAAAAAGUCGUCAUUCCUCUCAGUACCUGAGAGUCAAAUCAUCACAAUGCACAAGGAAAACAGGCAGAACAAUCUUGCUUCUUCUGGACCCAAGAUCAACGGCCGCAUCUCAGGAAGAAAUGAAAUCACCCAUUAUCGACGAGAUGACACUUUUUCACGGAUGAAGAACCAGAUUCUGGAAGAAGGCAAAAAUACCAACUACUGGCGGCAACGAUUCAAGAAUGCCAUCAGGGGAAAAGAGAAUAUGAAAUUUAAGUUGGAGAGACUCCAAGUUGCCCUCCAUGACGACGGCAUAUUGAAAGCGGACCUCGAGCGCAGGCUGCAACUAUUGACCGAAGACAAGGCCGAACGAGAACAAAAGUUUGUUGGCUUGAAUCUCCGAUACGAGGAGAGUCGUGAUACUAUUUUGCAGCGAGAUCAAACCAUCGAUGAAAAGAAGCAAAGAAUCAUCGCACUUGAGGACCAGGUGAUCGAUUACGAGAACAAGCACAACGAGAAUCAGAGGCUGGCCGUGCCAGACAAGCGGAACUUGGACUACUUGGUUUCGCAACUGGAGGCAUUGGUACAUGAUCUGGGCCAGACUAAAGAUCGACUGGCGACCCAAGAUGCAAUUAUUGCUCAACAGAAAGAAAGCAUCGCCAAUUCCGAGGAUCUUUUGAGCAGCAUGUCAAUCCAGCUGGGCCAGGCACAAGCUAAUGUGGCCAUACUAAAUCAGAAUAUUGCUGAACAGCAUGUUAGCAUCACCGAACACCGUGACCAGAUCAUAUAUCGAGAUCAAUGCAUUAUGGAGGACAAGCAGACGAUUGCUCAACUCUCGCAGAACGUUGCCAACGCCGAGAAAGACGCGGCUUGCACGAAACAGCGACUUGAAGGGUAUCUUGCACAGCAGAAAGCACAAGUCGAUGAGCUUCAGAGCGUAAUAGCCGAGCAAAAGCAGCUCAUUGACGAGAGACGCGAAGCUGACUUCGAGGCAUUGGUUGCUGAGGUGUCGUGUAAGCUCCCUGAUAGCCAGAUACGUACCAAGUUCGGCGAACUUUUGGGAGCGGAACUCGAUGACUGGUGCAUGGAAUACAAAGCAAGGAAAUUAACGAUAACCGACGCUCUCGACGAUCUUCUUAGCUGUGGUGAAAAUAAAAUUGUUUGGCAAGAGCAGGAUACACCUGAUAAUCUACGCUUCAGGUUCGAUAACCCUAAAGCACCGGUCAUCUUACUUCAGGCAGCGCUGUCCAACUUUCUUUGCAAGCACUUCUUGCAAGACCCGUUUUUUCUUCUCAAGAUGAGUUUUGGAGAAGCGGCCGUUGAUGGUCAGCUUGGUCAACUGCAGGCAGAGCAUGCAUCACUAAGCACAAUUUUAAAGGAAUAUGAAUCCGAAUCCACCAUGCUUCAAUGGCGAGCGAGCACUGUCGAGAUGAUCGAGUGCCGAAUCAACUUGAGAAAGGAAAUGGCCUACGAUCUAGCCAAAUUUUUCAUGGAAGAAUACCAAGCACUGCUAAAGCAGCAAUCACCAAACAUGCUCGAUGAGCUUUCUGAGAUCAUCUUGAACUUUGCCAGGUUCUGCCUCGGACUGUGGAAGCGGAAAGUGCCGGUAUACGUCCAGAACAAUCAGUUCAUUGGGGGGCAAGGAUUCAAGGCGAACAAUCGUUAUUGGGAUGUGACACCACUAAUCGGUCUGGAGCGUGGUGAUACAAGUCUCGACGGUCGGCCUAUGUGCGUUGUCGUCAAGCCAUUGGUCUUCACCAAGAGUGCCGCAAGCGACGGCAAGGAGACAGUCUGGACCAAGGCCUCUGUGUGGGUUUCCAACGAGUCGGCCGGCAUGCCCAUAACUAUUAGUCUUUAA